GAUUAUCGCGUGGCGAGCAGGUAAACGGAGUUUCAAAAGGAGUAAUGGGGGGAGUAGUAGAUUAGAGCUUCCCCCCUCUCUUCUCGCUCACCUCUCUUCUUUUAACGGCACAAGUGUAUUUCUGUAUUUUUCUCCAUCAGAGAAAGAGAUGCUGGAUUGCUUGAGCGGUGGAGGAUUUUCCUCCAAGUGUAAAUCUCGGAUAAAGGUGAUCAGAUCUCGGAUAGAUGUGAUAAAGCGGAAGAAGAACGCUACUCUCAAAUACCUGAAGAACGAUAUAGCAGAUCUCCUUCAAAACGGUUUCGACACCAAUGCCUACGGCAGGGCAGGAGGACUCAUACAGGAGCUGAACCAAUCUUACUGUUAUGAGUUAAUAGAACAAUUCUGCGGGUGUAUUUUGGAGCAGCUCUCAGGCAUGAAAAAGCAUAGGGAAUGUCCUCCAGAAAGCAGGGAGGCUGUGUCAAGUCUGAUGUUUGCAGCAGCUAGAUUUGCUGAUUUGCCAGAAUUAUGUGACCUCCGGUGUAUAUUUAGAGCCCGAUAUGGGAAUGCGCUGGAAUCAUUUGUAAAUCAAGAGUUUGCUGAGAAGAUAGCACCAAAAUCUCCUUCGAUGGAACAGAAGCUGCAGUUGAUGCGAGACAUUUCGCGAGAGUAUUCUUUAAACUGGGAUCCCAAAGCUUUUGGAGAGGGGAAUUCUAAUCCGCCACUUUCUUCUUCAUUUGAUCAACCUAAGAUGCGCGAACCUGUUUACAAUGGCAAGGAUCCUACUGUUUUCAAGUUACACAAGCAAGAGAUUUCAUCUCAUCAAAGACAAGAAGUCAGUCCUCGUUCUGGGCACGCUGCAAGGCAGGAGGUGAAGUCAGAUAACAAAACUAACAACAUUGGCCAUCAGUCACCUGCAUUCGAUGUAAGCAGUGGUAGGAAAUCAGCAGAAAAUCUGAAGCCGCAGUCCACUGACAUUAUGGCCCCUCCUUAUACAAGACAGGAGGUGAAGACACACAACAAAACACUGCAUCUCACCAACACUAACAACAACGCCCAUCGGUCACCUGCAUUCGAUGCAAUGAAUGGCAGGGAAUCAACAGAAAAUGUGAAGCCCCGCUCCAACGAAAAUAUGGUCCCUCCUUAUAUCAAACCAAAAGGCAGCAACUACAGAAGCAAUUAUGAGGAUCGAUGUUCUGGUUCUGACCAUAAUGAGCCGUCCCCCCUGCCAAUUGUUGUUAGAGCUGACUUAUAUUGUGAAUCAGUAGGGACCCAAGAAGGGACGGAAGACAAUAGCUACAAGAGGCAUGGACCUGGAAGAUCUAAUAUUCGUCGAGAUGAGAUUGAUCACUAUCAGGACAACCAAGUUGGUGAUGCCAGGCAUAAACCAAGAUCUGUUAGGAAGCAACGGAAUCCUCCAGUUCACAAGAAUGCUACUGCUAUUGAUGGAAAUGAGUAUGAGAGCAGAAACCGGAGUGGCCAGAGAAGGCAAGGCACGAGACAUGGCAUCCUUACCUAUAUUGAUGAUGAUGGGGUCCAUGAUGAAGAGGAGAUGUUUAUGGAUGAACUCUUGAUGCAUUACAGUAAGAAACCGUCGUCAGCCUACAAAAGCAGCACGAUACGGACAGGACAGAAAGCUCCUACACACCAUGUUGGUGAUGCUGGCAGGUCUCCACUGUCACAGAACAGAAAGGGAGCUGAUUCAAAACAUGAAACAGGGCUUCCUCCUUCACGAGCACUAUCACUACCGGAGUUGAAGGCCCCGCCAGAGGUGGCAAAGGUACCGAUUCGUGCUGCUUCAUUACAGCCAGAAACAGUGAAUCCAAAUGGCAGGCAUGUUCAUCCAAAGCUACCUGAUUAUGACGAUGUGGCAGCCCAGUUAGCUGCCUUGAGAGUGGGAGGUAAGGUAAAGUAAUGACUUGAGGAGCCACGGAUUUGUUUGAUCUUUUUUCUUUUAGUGUGUUUGUGAAGUGGUGGUUGUAUUCUUGUCAUUUUUUGAAUGGGAUUAUUUCAGUUUCUCUCUUUCAAGAGUUUGAAAUCAAUAUUCACUUGGCAUAUGUUUAUUGGUGAUCUCCAUCAAAGUGACAUUUUAUA